AUGCAUCUGACGACAUUCACCAAGUGGGCUGCGGUAGUCUCAGUCUUGACUGAUCCAAUCGCAGCACUUCCCAAUCACGAGUCGAAGACAUCGAUCGUGCCGACAACCACUGGCGCAAAUGCAGGACCUUUCAGCUACACUCAAGUCACCAGCAACAGAUAUGCUACACCGGUCCGCUCGCCUGUCCAGUACAAGAGCGCUUUCGCUCCUCCGUAUUCAAAAGCCAAGAGCUUGCUGCCCUCUGGAAUUGUCUACACGACAUACUCGUUGAAUCCUUCGGCGACUUCUGAUGGAAAGUAUGGCCAGAGUGCAUAUGCCGCUCUGUGGGCAAACUACGCCUACUCCGACACUGUGCCCUUCACCACCACCAUGUUGCCGACUCCUGUUGCAUCCGCCGAACUUGUCUUCCCUCCUGCUCUUCCGUUUGAGACGAGCGCUGCUUCCAUGAAGUUUGGCAACGACUUCAUCUGGGGUGUCGCCGGCAGUGCGUGGCAGAUUGAGGGUGCCUUGCAACAAGAAGGUCGUGGUCCUGGUGGUCUGGAUAUAUUUGGGAACCUGAAAAUUCCUGCAUUGAGUCACACCAAUGACUCUGUCGUCGCAGACAUGAAUUACUAUCUGUACAAGCAGGACAUUGCACGUCUAGCUGCGAUGGGCGUGCCCUAUUACUCUUUCUCAAUCUCUUGGAGUCGUAUUGUACCGUUUGGCAAUGCGAAUACUCCGGUCAAUCAACAAGGCUUGGAUCAUUAUGACGACGUCAUCAAUUCCUGCCUGAAAUAUGGUAUCAAACCAAUCGUUACCCUUGUUCAUGCAGACACGCCGCCAUCAGUGGACUACGAUAAUGCCACAUCAUCAAUGGACGACUACAUGUACUAUGCUAAGCAGGUCAUGACGAGAUACGCUGACAGAGUGCCCAUCUGGGUCACCUUCAACGAAAUUAAUACUGGUAUCAAUCUGCAGUACGACACUUAUGAAGCCAACACGAACAUCCUUCUAAUUCACUCGGCUAUCUAUAAAUGGUACAAGCAAACUCUGAAGGGCACGGGUAAAAUCACUGUCAAGUUUGCCAACAACCUGGCAGUGCCGCGCGAUCUUACUAACAGCGAGGAUGUCGCUGCGGCAUUGAGAUAUCAAGAAUUCAUUCUCGGUGUCUGGGGCAAUCCGCUGUUCCUUGGCAAGCAAUAUCCCUCAAGCGUUCUCAACACAGCCGUAAACCUCACGGCUUUGACUUCCGAUCAGCUAAAGGCAAUUAACGGAUCCAUUGACUUUUGGGCCUUUGAUCCCUAUGUGUCGCAGCUCGUUUCUGCACCUUCUAACGGUCUGGAAAGUUGCAUCCACAACAGCAGCCACAGUCUUUUCCCUUACUGUGUCAAUGUUACACAAAAUGGCAUUCAGGAGAAUGGCUGGCAGUUCGGUCAAAAGUCAAACGAUUACGCCUACAUUGCUCCUCAAUACGUUCGCCAACAACUUGGCUACGUCUGGAAGACUUUCCAUCCUAUUGGUGGCAUCAUGAUCACCGAAUUCGGCUUCAACCCUUUCAAAGAUGCGGAGAAGACCCUCCCCGAGCAACGCUAUGAUCUGGAGAGAACACUCUACUUUCAAGCUUUCUUGACAGAGACUCUCAAAGCUAUAUAUCUUGAUGGCGUCAAGGUCAUUGGAGCGCUGGCUUGGAGUUUCAUCGAUAACAAUGAGUUUGGGUCGUUUGAGAAUCAGUAUGGAUUGCAGACCGUCAAUCGUACGAGCGGAAAGUUUGAAAGGAGUUAUAAGCGUAGCUUCUUUGAUCUUGUUGACUUCUUCCACAAUCAUAUUGGAUGA